AGUGUAAAAGCUGCAUAAAACAAGAAAAAAAACCUAUUUAUAUCUCUUCCUCUUUUUUUCUACUUUUUAUAAAAAUACGAUGUCGGAAAUAACCAUUCGCAUUGGUGUUCUUAAUGCGAAAGGCCUUGCAGCUGCAGAUAAGACAGGAUUCUCGGAUCCAUACGUAGUCUUAAGAGUAAAUCACAAAAAAUACAAGACAAAGUCAAUCAAGCAAACAUUGAAUCCGGUUUGGGACGCACAUUUCGAUACUAAAAUGUCACCUAAAAAGACGCCUACACUUUUAUCAUUUACAGUAUGGGAUAAAGAUACUAUUGGAAGAGACUUUCUCGGAGAAGUCUCGAUUCCUUUCAAGAACAUCUUUGAUAGAAACAACCAAGGCAUUUCAGAUGGAAUACCUCGAAACUACAAUGAUCCCAACAACUACAGUGCAUAUUAUCAGCUAGCAAAAAGAAGUGAGAAGAACAACGUUAGUGGCGACCUUUGCUUGAAGUUUGGCAUAGUAGAAGAUUAUGUUGGUGACGACAAAAGAUAUGCUGAUGCUUGGGCCCUAUUGAUUGAUUAAAUCAAGCACAUACUGUGCUCUCAUUUUCAAUCUACUCGAUGUUUGAAAAUAUGACCCAAUUUUUUGAAUACUUUUGGAAAUUUGUGCGAGAUUAAAUUAAAAAUAUUUUUUUUUUUUU